AUGGAUUGGGCCCUGUUUACGUGACCCUUUAAAGUCAUUGCCGGUUUCAGAAUCGAUUUCGUGACGGCUGCCUUUGUUGACGUGGAAGCCAUGCCUGCGUCUCCGGAGUGAAACUGUUAAGCGGGGGCAAGGUGUUCUUUGGAUGUGGUUGAAGGACUUGUGGUGGGCUCUCCUCGUGUGCUGUGGGCCUGAUGUUGGUCGUUUUGAAUGUUACCAAGAGGCAAGCAAUGAUAGAGAGGGAAGGAUUCUAAAAUCCAUGACCGAGGUUCCUGUGCUAAAGCGUCAAUCUCGAGUCUAUUUCCUACCCGCCAGUGUUGCUGGCCCAAAAUGUUUGAUAUGCUGUAGUAUUACUCAUUGCAGUUUCGCUUUGGACGCGAGCGGACCCAUGAUCAACACGAUGACGAUGAAACUCUCAGAGCUAUUCAGUGAUACGACACCAUUUAUUCUGGCACCCCGUCUUAUCAUCAGCAUUUGGGACUCGCAUGUCAAGGACGACUGUGUGUAUGUCAGUACGCCGUUCGCAGAUAAUGUAUGUUGGACAGACUCGAGCAGUACGAGAUGGUCUCUAACGUCCCGUUAACUUGGUGUGCUGGUGCGUCUUGCGAGAGCGUACAAUGCAGGCACAGUUGAGAAAGCAGGUGGGUUAAAUGAAGAUCGUCGGAUGCCUUCCGCGCCUAUAUGCACAGAAAUCCUACUUUAUUGUAUGCGUUGACUGCAAUGAUGCAUGAUGCAUUAAAGCAUGAUCCGGG